GGUACCCAUCUGCAAGGUGAUUGGGCGACAGACAGGGUACCCUCUUUAAAGGCUUCCAGUUGAUCAAAGGGCAAAACAGGUGACUUCAUGGCCUAUAGCAAGGUAUGUGAUGCCCAGACUGAGCCACUGGAUAGAGAGGUUCUACACUGCUCUGGAUCCUUGGAGCUUGACUGGGACCUGGACAAGGAGGAGUUGCAGGAAGCUGGGGCAAGCAGCGAUCACACACAGAUGCAACAUAGUGACUGCCAGAGAUCAGGUUGUUCAGAUCCUGGUCCUGACCCUGACCCUGACCCUGAAUUCAUGGAACCGAUCCCGAAUUCAGUCUCAGUUUCACCUCAUGGACGAUUUGAACGGCUCCAAGAAGAUCCCAACUAUAUCUCUCACUUCACCAGGACUGCUGGCCACAAAGGCCAAAGGCGACUUCACUGUUUCAUAUUCAGAUACUUCUUUGCAGGGUUGGGAAUUUUUGUCCUUGGUAUCCUAGUUGGCUGGUUUACCCAUACGUCUCCAAAACGUCCAACUAUUCCCUCACCUGAAAGCUCGGACUUACUCGAAGAGCUGCUAAGAGGAAUCAAAGCUGACAAGAUAGACGCUCUCCAAAAGUCUUUCUCCAGCCUGCCAGAUGAUAGUGAAGAAUCCAGAGCCAAGUACCUUUACAGGCAAUGGAUAGGACUUGGCUUAACUGAUGUCCACUUGUACAAUCAAACGGUGCUGCUCAGCUUGCCUGGCUCCACGCCAAACACCAUCACCGACAGAUCCAGCCACCAGUGUUUCCUUCCCCAGGGGACCCCAUGUGACCAGCGGGGGUCCACUGAUCUACUGAAGCAGCAAUUCUCCUACGCAGCCUACUCUGCAGUAGGCACUGUGCAGGGAGAGGUGGUGGAUGUCCAGUACGCCAGCAUGGAAGAUUUGAGAAGAGCCCAGGACUCCUUGAACCUCACAAGCCAGAUUGCUGUGGUUAAGCUUGGUCGAGCACCUUUAUUAUAUAAGUUGUCGCUGUUAUCUGACUUUGGUUUUCGAGGCGUUCUUGUCUACAUUGAUCCCUGUGAUUCUCCGCCUGGUAGAAAUAUUUGGCAAGAAGCUUUCAGAGUUACGUUAAAUCCUGGAGGCAACCCUUCUAUUGGUAAGUAA